AUGUGGGGGGCGUCAGCAGUAGCAUUUGCGUCUUUGGCCAUCCUUCCUGCAGUCCUUGCGGCAGAUAUCUUAAAAACAGAUGGAUUCACCAAUUGUGCAAAUGGAACAGGCACUAUCAAAGUGAACAACGUUGAUAUAUCUUUUGAUCGCAGCACCAAUACCGUCAACUUCGAUGUGUCGGGAGAAAGCACUGUCGAACAGGAAGUAACUGCGGAGCUUAUUGUCAGCGCUUACGGGAUCGAAGUUUACAGAGACUCUUUCGACCCUUGUUCUGAUGAUACCAAAAUUGACGAACUAUGUCCUGUCCCCGCUCGGGCCUUCAGCGCAAACGGUUCGCAAGAAAUCCCUUCAGAAUAUGUCGAUAAAAUCCCAUCGAUUGCGUACUCGAUACCUGAUCUUGAGGGAAGCGCUCAAUUGCUUCUCAAGGCAAAAGAUGGAUCUGAGAUCGCUUGUAUUCAAGCUGGUGUCAACAACGGCAAAACAGUUGAAGUCCCUGCUGUUUCUUAUGUGGCGGCCGCAAUUGCGGCCGCUGCUGCAGCCGUCUCAUUAAUCGGAGCCGCUGCCAGUGGUGGUCAUCCUGGAUCAUCGACCUCAAGCCCGGGUUUCAGCGAAGUCAUCUUCUGGUUUCAAGGAAUGGCCAUGAAUGGCAUGCAUUCAGUCCCUUAUCCCACCGUCUAUCGUAGCUUCACCAAGAACUUUGCGUUCAGCACCGGUCUUAUUCCAUGGGCUGGAAUGCAAAGAUCCAUCGAUAGCUUCAGAGAGAAGACUGGAGGCAAUCUAAACGAGUCCAACUACGACUAUCUCAAGAAUGCUACGCUUGUCUUUUCUGACAAUUCAACAAGCACCGCAUCAUCGACUUUCAAGAAGCGUGCAUUGCUCUUCAUUCGUCAGAUCGACAUCUCUAACGACACAGAUACAUCGACCUCUGGCAACGAGAAACAACAACACUUUGUGGAAGGCAUCCAAGCUUACGUCGAACAACUCACCAUUCCUGAUGCCAAUACUUUCAUGACUGUUCUCCUGAUCUUCGCAAUUGUCCUGGCUGCCAUUAUCGUUGGUAUCCUGCUCUUCAAAGUUAUCCUAGAAGCAUGGGCGCUGUUUGGAAAAUUCCCCAAAUCCUUGUACACAUUCAGGAAAGAGUACUGGCGUGUCAUUGCGCAGACAAUCGUCUCCCUAAUUCUUCUUCUGUACGGUGUUUGGACGCUGUAUUGUAUCUUCCAGUUCACCCAUGGCGACUCCUGGGCGGCGAAGCUACUCGCAGCUGUCACACUUGCCACUUUCACAGCUAUCCUUAUCUUCUAUUCUUGGAAGAUCUGGAGUGUAGUCAGCAAGCUCAAGAAAAUGGAAGGAAACUCCAAUUCGCUAUACGAAAACAAGGAAACCUGGAAGAAGUACAAAAACUUCUACGAAAACUACAAGCGUGGAUAUUGGUGGCUUUUCAUCCCAGCCAUUGUCUACAUGUUUGCCAAAGGGUGCGUUUUGGCAGCCGGUGACGGCCAUGGAUUGGUCCAGACCAUUGGCCAACUCGUCAUUGAAGCGAUCAUGCUCUGUCUCCUACUCUGGACUCGACCUUAUGAGCGCAAAUCUGGCAACUGGAUCAAUAUCAUCAUCCAAGUCGUGCGAGUUAUGUCCGUUGUCUGCAUUUUGAUCUUCGUUCAGGAACUGGGCAUUGCUCAGACAACCAAGACCAUCACUGGUGUUGUCCUGAUUGCUGUGCAGUCGGGCCUGACCGCCAUUCUAUUCAUUCUCAUCCUCAUCAACAGCAUCAUUACUUGCUUCAAAGCAAACCCUCAUCGCAAGCGUCGCAAGGCUGCCGAGAAGAACCUUUCCCGAGAUCUCGAGGGAGACGCCUUCCUGAUGCAACCAAAUCCAUACUACUCCACACCUCCGGCCCAUAGCCGCCAGGCGUCAAGAGAUUCACCGGGCUUUGAGCCAAUGCGAGAUAGGUUCGGCAAUCAGUACGCAGACAGCCAGGAAACCCUCGUCAAAGGUGCCGCCGCAAUGGGCAGCGGAGGCUAUCGCAGCCUGAGUCAAAACAGGUCCGGCCACUCUGUCAGUCCUCCCCCUUUCAGUCGGGAGCCACGCCUGCCAGAUCUCGGCUACGAGCAGUAUCGCCACAAAUAG